CGAACACACCGUUCACCUUGUGACUUUCCAAUCAAUAAAUAUAAUUUAUCCCCGGUGUACAAUAUCCAUGCAUAGUACAACAUUUUUUAAUAAUUUUGCUGAAAAGUCACUUAUUAAAUGGGUAUGGUUUUAUUUCCAGAAAUAGAAUGAACCCCAUAUCAGCAUGAAUUUUUUUAAUACAUUGUGAUUGAACGUGAUCCAUGAUGACAGGUCUCACAAACUGGCGUAAUGUUCUGUUAUGUCUACAGAGACGUGCCUCGGGGGACGUGGACUUUUACCGAGGAUGGACCGAGUAUAAGAAUGGAUUCGGCAACCUCAACGGCAAUUUCUGGUUUGGGUUGGAGAAAAUCCACCAGCUGACCAACCAGGGGAGGUACCAGCUGAGGAUCGACCUGAAAUACAAAGGAAAAUACUACUACGCUAGUUACAAGAACUUUUCGCUGAGCGGAGAAUCUGAAAACUACAAAAUUCAUGUAUCCGGAUUUUCGGGUAAUGUAAAGGACAGCAUGGCUGCUCACAAUGGCCAGCAGUUCUCUACCAAGGACCGUGACAACGAUCAGGCUACAUUCAGCUGUGCCACAAAGUAUCACGGAGCUUGGUGGUACAAGUACUGCCAUCAGGUGCACCUGAACGGAGUGUGGGGCAGCACUGUGCUUGCGAAGGGUUUGAACUGGGCGAGUUUAACCGGAUGGACAAAUUCUGUCAGCUUCAGCGAAAUGAAGAUCCGACCAAAUGCUUAGUAACAGCUCCAUGGCAGAGAAUCCAUUCUAUGACAUAAUAUGUUGAUUUAUGAAUGUAGAUGUCUGCCUGUCUGCGUACUUGUUUUUGUUGGAAGGGGAAAGAAACAUACUGAUAGAACAACCUCAAGGUCUUUACAUGGGAAAUGUCAUAAAUAACUAGUCACUCCGAUGUGCACAAACAUUUGUUUAUUUUUAUUUUCAUCAAAAAUCAAAAUGAACAAUGUUGCCUUAUCCUUGCAAGGCAUCUCCACAUCAACGACCGCCAUAUUUGGAUACAUAAUAUUCUAUCAAUACAUGAUAAUCAAUCCAAUUCAAUGGCAAAGACGACGUGGAACGUUAUUAAUAAAUAACGUUCCGCCAAAAAUAUAGUGCACAUCGGGUAACAAAAGUUUUGUUGUCUGAGGUCGUUGGAUUACUUUUUUUUAAAGGGGUGAUACUGGAACAAGUUUGUCUAUCUUCGACUCCUACUUUGUGGAUCCUUGGUGCUUUACUUUAUAAAUAUCCCCAAACAGAAAUAUUUUGUUUCUUUACUACAGGCAUACAGACAUAUAUAUGCAUUCACAAUGUAAGAUGUACAGACACUUACACAGUGUACAGAUAUGUACAGACACUUACACAGUGUACAGAUAUGUACACGCACACACAUAUACCCUCACAUAUUCACAUUUGUUGCGGGUUCAGGGGUUCGAGCCGCAGGCCUGAUGUUGUGUCC